UUUGUCAGAAAUGAGUCCUGUAUCAAGCAGGCCAGACACACCGUCACAUGGACCCUACAAGAUCCACCAAUCCAGCUCCUACUGCAGUGGAGAAGAUAUGGCCAGUGAUGUAUUCAUUGACUUUCCCGACCAACUCUCUCACCUGGAAGGGAUGCUUAGGCGACUGAGUGGUGACCUGCUGAAGGAGAAGAGAGACAAGGUGACUCUUCUGGCAGAGGUGUUGAAGCUUCGCAUUAGCAACCAACAUCUGAGAGAAGAGUCCCUCUGUGCAGUUGCACAACUACACAAAAUCAGCAACAUUUUAAACACGACACCUGGAGGGAUGGAGUAA